UCUGUUCUGAUGACAACAUGACUGGGACCAGAGAGCCGCCGCAAUGAAGAAGAUCCGCUCGCUGAUUGUUGCCGGGGCGACGGAGUACGAGUGUUUCUACCAACACCUGAGGCUGUUGGACGGAGCGUUCAAACUGUCAGCUAAAGACCUCCGAUCACAGGUGGUACGAGAGGCCUGCAUCACUGUGGCUCACCUGUCGACAGUGUUGGGUAAUAAGUUGACCAUGGGGCCGAGGGCAUUCUUCCUGUCCUGUUCAACCUCAUCCCGAACUGCGAGAGGAAGGGAGGGGGGGGAGUAA